GCUGGAAAUCUAAUGGGGCUUCCUGCGCUCUGGUCUGACUAUCCAGUCACCGAGUGCAGCGCAGCCAAACAGCAGGACUGAGGGAUAUGCAAGACCAUGGCUGAGAAAAGAAAACCACUGCAAUGGAGAUAAACUCAGGAGAAACCCGGGCCCCUGUUUGUGCUCCCUUUCUUUCGGUGUCCUAGUGGGAAUUUGAAACUCCUCAGCUUCCUGGAUCGCACAAAGCACUUUUCACAGCAAGUGGGAUGGACGGCAGGAGCAAAGCUAAGAGCAGGUCUGUAAAAAGGCAAGUACCUCUCCUCUUCUUAUUGUCUUUCCUCUGCCAGACUGUCUCGGAGCACGUUCGCUAUUCAAUUCCAGAGGAAAUGGGAAAGGGUUCCAUUGUGGGGAAUCUUGCCAAGGAUUUGAGACUGAAUACUGCAGAAGUGGGAAAUCGCAACCUGCAUAUCCUUUCUUUAGGCAAAAAGCAAUACUUCUCCAUCAAUGCCGAAAAUGGGAAUCUGUAUGUAAACGACAGGAUUGACAGAGAGGAAAUCUGUGGGGAAACUGCAUUCUGCCCCAUCAGUUUUGAAGUAGUGAGUGCCAACCCUAUGGACAUAUUUUAUAUAACAGUAGAGAUCCAAGAUAUUAAUGAUAAUGCACCACAUUUCUUAAAUGGUGAUAUCAAGCUAGAGAUAAGUGAAUCCUCCUUACCAGGAGCCACAUUUCUUCUUGAACAAGCAGAAGAUUUUGAUAUUGGGACAAAUUCGCUCCAGGAUUAUCAUCUAACAAUUAACCAAUAUUUUAUUCUAGAUAUCAGCAAACGUGACUCUGUAAAUAAGUAUGCAGAAUUAGUACUGGAAAAACAGUUAGAUCGUGAAAGUGAAAGCGCCAUUAGUUUGACACUUAUGGCUCUUGAUGGGGGAAGACCUCCAAAAACUGGAACAGCUAAAAUAUGGAUCAAGGUCAUUGAUGCUAAUGACAAUCCACCCAUUUUCAGUCAAAAAGUAUAUAAAAUCAGCCUCAAAGAGAAUGCAUCGAAGGGAUCUACUUUAAUACAGGUGAAAGCCACGGACAAAGAUGAUGGCUCCAAUGGCCACAUCACCUACUGCUUUAGCAAGAUUGCUGACAAUGCUCAUCAGAAAUUUGAGUUAGAUCCACAAGAUGGACUUAUAACAAUUCAGGAAGAGCUGGACUUUGAGGAAACAGGGAAGUAUACUAUAGCGGUGGAAGCAAGGGAUGGAGGUGGAUUAGUAGCUCAUUGUAAUGUUGAAAUAAAGCUAUUAGAUGUGAAUGACAAUGCUCCAGAAGUCAUUCUUGCCUCCUCAUCCAGAGAAAUACCUGAAAAUUCUGCACUAGGAACAUUAAUAGCUCUUAUCAAUAUAAACGAUAGAGAUUCAGGGGACAAUGGGGAGGUUAGCUGCCAUUUACAAAAUGCUUCCCCAUUCAAAAUAGUAUCAGCAGCUAAUAACUACUAUAAGCUGCUUACAGAUGGUCCCCUAGACAGAGAAAGCACCCCAGCGUACAAUCUUACAAUCACAGCCACAGACAAAGGUACCCCCCCUCUUUCUACACAGAAAACCAUCUCACUGGAGAUUUCAGAUAUCAACGAUAAUGUCCCUGCCUUUGAGAAACCCUCUUAUGCUGUCUGUGUACCAGAGAACAAUCCUGCUGGCACCUCCAUCUUCAGCAUCAAAGCUGUAGACCCCGAUCUUGGCCAUAAUGCUAGGAUCACCUACUCCAUCCUCACGAGCAAAAUAGAGGAGCUCCCUCUCCCAUCUUACCUCUCCAUUAACUCAGAAACUGGCACUCUCUAUUCUCAGCGGUCUUUUGACUAUGAACAACUCAGAGAGUUUCACGUACUAGUGAAGGCUGAAGAUGCAGGCUCCCCAGCUCUCAGCAGCAAUGCCACAUUGAAGGUGUUCAUCCUGGACCAAAAUGACCAAAGCCCUCAAAUUCUGUAUCCUUCUCAAGGAGCAGAGGGCUCGGCCUCCUUUGACAUGGUGCCUCGCUCAGCAGAGAUGGGUUAUCUGGUUACGAAGGUGGUGGCUGUGGACGCCGACUCUGGGCACAAUGCGUGGCUGUCCUACCAUCUACUGCAAGCCACUGAGCCAGGGCUCUUCACAAUUGGUGCCCACACUGGUGAAGUCAGGACAUUGCGGACGUUUUUGGAAAGAGACGCUCUGAAGCAGAAGCUAGUGGUCUUAGUAAAGGAUAACGGGCAGCCACCGCUCUCUGCUACAGUCAGUCUCAAUCUGGUUUUUGCUGAAAACUUCCAAGAGGCACUGCCAGAAAUAAACAACCAAAUCACUGAUUCAGGGCAUCAGUCUGAGCUGCAGUUCUACCUAGUGCUGGCCUUAACUUUGAUCUCAUUUCUAUUCCUCUUGACUGUAACUCUGGUCAUUAUGAUGAAACUCCGACAGUCAGGGAAUCUGAAAUUCCUUCCGUGCUUUGGCCCCGUUCCCCAUUCAAGCAAUGCUAUUAUAUUUCCACCAAAUUAUGAGGAAGGAACAAUCCCUUAUUCCUAUCAGCUUUGCUUAUCCUCUGAGUCCAAGAUACAUGAAGUCGCUUUUCCAGUACCCAAAGUUCAAGCUGCCGAAUAUAUUUCAUGCAAGCAAAACUCUGAUGUCCUUUUGGCCAUCAAUGGAAGCAAUAUCCCAAAUUCUGAGAUCGAUAAAACUAAUUUGUUGUGGACUUCCGCAUUUAAAACAUGGAAGACAAUUUUGGGAUACAUGAAGGCUACGCACCAAAAAAGGAUCACAUCCAAGCCACUUUCCUAUUCCUUGCUGAAUGGAAUCCCCUGCAGUUUCCCCUCUGGCCUCGGGGUGUCGCUGUUAGCCAACGUGGGCGCCAAAAAGGAUGGAGAAGAGCUACUCUCCAGACAGGGAAAACAGCAGACCACAAACGCAAAGCAGUCUUGCUAA